UGUAGUCACUCGCACUUAAUCACGGAGCGCGCGAGGUAAGAGGCGGACGUAGUGCUUGAAAGAAAGAACGGACCGAAAGCCUCCAGAGCGUGGGACAACGUAGAGGAAAUAUUUAGAGUCCUUUAUAUUUCUUCGUAUCUGACGCACUUCUUAAUGUAACUUUCUCCCGGUUUUCGUGUCAUCAGCAUCAAGGGUUUAUUAUCAUUAACCUGAACCUUAUCUGCGGCUCCUGGCAUUAUCCACCUCAGAAACCUGCCAUUCUCCAGUGAUGUCCAAGGAACGACCGACCGAACCGGGGCUACGGGUGUUACACCAGCAGGUUAUGGCUUCACCAGGCAACAUGGAUUGCCUUGCUCGUUUCUCAUCGAAUUGUGCUGAAAUAGAAUGAAGCUGGUUUGGGUUAAACGUAGAGCGCAAAGAUGUCGGUGCCUUUGCUAAAGAUCGGCGUCGUGCUGAGCACCAUGGCGAUGAUCACCAACUGGAUGUCGCAGACGCUGCCCUCGCUAGUGGGGCUGAACACCACUAAGCUCACCGCGGAGAGGGCAGGCUACCCGGACAGGAGCACAGGAGUGUUGCCAGCCAACCCAGAGGAGACAUGGCAGGUGUACAGCUCAGCCCAGGACAGUGAGGGGAGGUGUGUAUGCACCGUGGUUGCGCCACAGCAGUCCAUGUGUUCUCGAGACGCCCGCACCAAACAGCUGAGGCAACUACUGGAGAAGGUCCAGAACAUGACCCAGUCCAUCCAGGUGCUGGACCAGCGGACCCAGAGAGAUCUGCAGUAUGUGGAGAAGAUGGAGGUGCAGCUGAGGGGUCUGGAGACCAAGUUCAGGCAGGUGGAGGAGAACCACAAGCAGAACAUCGCCAAGCAAUACAAGGCCAUAAAAGCGAAAAUGGAGGAGCUUAGGCCGUUGAUACCAGUGUUGGAGGAGUACAAGGCCGAUGCCAAAUUGGUAUUGCAGUUUAAGGAAGAGGUCCAGAAUCUGACGUCAGUUCUAAGCGAGCUCCAGGAAGAGAUGGGAGCCUAUGACUACGAGGAGCUCCACAACAGAGUGUCAAAUCUGGAGGAGAGGCUCCGAGCAUGCAUGCAAAAAUUAGCAUGUGGAAAGUUGACGGGCAUCAGUGAUCCGGUCACAAUCAAAACAUCUGGAUCCAGGUUUGGGUCCUGGAUGACCGACCCUGCUGCCCCUGAGGGAGACACACGGGUGUGGUACAUGGACGGUUACCACAACAACCGCUUUGUGCGGGAAUACAAGUCCAUGGCGGAUUUCAUAAUGAUGGACAACUUCACGUCUUACCGUCUACCCCACCCGUGGUCUGGAACCGGUCAGGUAGUCUACAAUGGCUCCAUCUACUUCAACAAGUUCCAGAGCCACGUCAUCAUCAAGUUUGACUUCAAGACCUCCGCUAUAAGCAAGUCCCGGCAGCUGGACAACGCCGGCUACAACAACAUGUAUCACUACGCCUGGGGCGGGCACUCCGACAUUGACCUCAUGGUGGACGAGGGCGGCCUCUGGGCCGUCUACGCCACCAACCAGAACGCCGGAAACAUCGUGAUCAGCAAGCUGAACCCCGGCACGCUUCAGAUCAUCAAGAGCUGGACCACCGACCACCCCAAGAGGAGCGCCGGCGAGGCCUUCAUGAUCUGUGGCACUCUCUACGUCACCAACGGCUACUCCGGAGGGACUAAGGUGUACUACGCCUACAGUACUAACUCCUCCACGUACGAGUACAUAGACAUCGCCUUCCAAAACAAGUACUCCCACAUCUCCAUGCUGGACUACAACCCCCGGGACCGGGCUCUCUACGCCUGGAACAACGGGCACCAGGUUCUGUACAACGUCACCCUGUUCCACGUCAUCAGCUCCCAGGAACUGUAACCCCGCGGACUGAACUAAACGCAAUACACCGCAGGAACAAUAGACCCAGCCAUCACCGUAUGUAUGAAAAGCGUAUAUUUAAGAGAGAGAGUUUACUGAAAGCAGCUUAAAGUACACGAUAUAUAUGUAUAUGUAUAUUUAUCGUAGUAAGGUUUUUGGAGAGAGUUACUUUGAACGCGAACGGCUACGUGGAUGGAUGUGCACAUCGAUUGGAAUUCAAAGAGAAUUGUUUCGCUUAAAACGAAAAGGAAACAUGAAACAUCCAGUGUUUCAAACUAUGUAUUGAACUGAGAAGAUAAGAUGCCAAAAUAAAUCAUCAAGCCUUUGUUUUUUUUAAAUAACUGGUAUCCAUGGUAGGAGCGUCUGAAUGGCUCUUCUCUCUGUACUGGAACUCUCUCCAGCCACCUCCUUCCUCCACCUCCCUCCUCCGAUCUCCUCCUGACUCCUCCCUCCACCCUCAUCCUUUCCGGACAGAAUUCUAUGCGUGUCAAGGGGUCCUAACAAAAGACAAUGACAUUGGUUAAAAACUUUUGGCCAACCAGGACCCUCUUGGGCCUCUGACUGAGAGAGAACCCACCCCACGUCGAAUAAGGGGAGAACCUAUUUGAAGCGUAGGAACCUGGCCAUAAUUUGGUACAACGUGAGGAGAACCAGGAUAUUAUGUCCAGAAGACCACAGGCAUAACACAUGCAUAUCCUUUUUAUCCAUUCAGAAGCAAAUAAAGAAGCCUGAAAACAAGUAACGACCACAGUGACACUGACACCAGUAGAAAGGCCUGUAUUCACAAUGGGUCUCAGCUCGGUAGUGCCGUUCUGGGAUCAGGUCCCCCCCAUCUCUUAUUCAUUUGAAUUUAAAGGGCAAUUCUGAUCUGUAGAUCAGCACUGCUACGCUGACACGCAUUUUCGAUACGCUCCCUGGAGGCACCAACCGUUGGGGCUCGCUGUACGUACUCUACCAGGAGACGCUUGGUAUUCAGUCGGUAUCCAGUCUGUAUGAGAGGCGUGUAGUAGCGCACUUGGCAUUUAAAAGGUAAUUUCAGAUUGACCCAAACUUCUGCAGUGUUUACUGUGAAUGUGGCUGGAACAUUGCCUUUAACAUUUGCAUUGUCGACAGCGCCGCCAUGAAUCUCUCGGGUUGACUACUGGCCGAAGACUUUCCUGUGUUUGUGAUUCCACGUGACACCGCCUUGAUUUGCAUGAGUGUUUUCUUUUUACCACUCUGGCCUGCUACCUUUUGAAUGUCUUUUUUCUGUAUGAUGCUAUACCUAUAAAAGAGUGGGAUGGGUCAGGGGUUCGGGGAGUUACUGUUGGAUGUCGGGGGAUUUGGGGUUGUGAAGAUGUUUGCGUUUUACUUGUCUGUUUUUAGAAUGUGUCUUUUUCCAUUCGGGCAAUCUUAUUUUUUUUAGGUAGUCUUUUUGUAUCACCUCCUUACUGUUAGCACUGGCUUUGCUUCUCUGUCUAUGUUUAGUUUGACCGUAUGUGGGCGGGAUCUAGCUCAUAUUCAGCUUAUACCGUUCUGAAGAAUGCAAAAUAAUAGAAUGUCAUGUUAUGUAUCCUGAAGACAAGAGCAUAGUCCUAUGAUUAUUCUGUCUUCAACUGAAUCAUCAUAAGCCUUGUUUAAAGUAUCUCUUCUAGUCAUGGAUAAUGCUCUUAAAUGUAUCUCCCCCUCCAACACUUCUAGCUGAGGAUAAUGCUGUUUAAAUGUAAACCCCCUUGCAGAGGACAAUGGCUUUUCACUCUUUUUGCGCUUUUGCUGGACGUGUGUUGUAUCUGAAAAGAGAUAGUAAAUGAUUUGUGUCAAUAAAACGAGAAUCUUUGUUCUGA